AUGAAAGAGAGGUGGUGUUACAAAGCGCAGGAGGAGUUAGAUUGUCUGGUUCCAGUUAAAACUGUUCAGCUUGGUGAACCAGCAACCUUGACAUGUGCUAUUCCCAAAGAGCUCAGCAUUAGGGGACUCAAAUGGUACAAGCAGAGCGUCGGGGAUACUCUUAAAUUAAUAGCUACUCUGAUUCAGUCUAAAGCUGAUUUUAGCCCUGGAUUUUCGAGCUUAAGGUUUCGGAUAAAUAAUGAUGCAAAUUUUAGCAGCCUGACCAUUUUGGAGACAGUUCAAGAGGAUGAGGGUCACUAUCAUUGUACAAACACAGAAUGGAUUGGAACUACAUGGAGUGGAAUCUAUUUGUUAGUUACAGGAAAAAGUCAGACGACAUCAAACUAUGCAGUGAGUCAGUUGCUGACUGAACCAAAUCCAGUCCACCCAGGAGACACAAUGACUCUCCAGUGUUCAGUCUUUUCUGACUCUGACAAGAAAACAUGUCCUGGAGGUUCUGAUGUCCUCUGGUUCAGAGUGGGAUCAAAUAAAUCUCUUCCAAACAUCAUCUACACUGACAGAAAUAGAAGUAAUGAAUGUGAGAAAAGAUCUGACCAUCAGAAGACAUGUGUUUAUCGCUUCUCUAAGAAUGUCAGCUCCUCCGAUGCUGGGACUUACUACUGUGCUGUGGCCACAUGUGGGGAGAUAUUAUUUGGAAAUGGAACUACAUUGGUUAUUCAAGAGUCAUCCUCAAAAUCAGCAUUUAUUCACCUGGGAGUAUUAAUUGUUUGUUUGGGCAUUUCUGUCAUUGGAAAUGUUUUUCUCAUGUGCAACCGAACAGUAGGUAAACAAGUUAAAGGACCCGGCCCACGUAGACCGCGAAGGCCGGGUCCUCCGAAGGAUGCAGCCGACGUUUUGGGACACAGCUUCUGUCUGCGCUUGAGUCUGUCCAGUAGCCAUGACAGUAUGAUAUCAUCAUGUUCCCUAGCAACCACCUACAAACAUGCUGGAGUGACCAAAUUUAGGAUAUAA